ACUGGAGUAUUGCUGCAAAAAUGUAUAUAUUGUGCUUGGAGCUCAAUCUGCGUCUCCUGUUAUCUUUAUAGCUGCGCACUAACCUGGAAUUAAAACUUUAUAGCAUCUUUUUAGCAGCUAGUUAGCAUGUGAUGCUAACCCCGUUAGUCUGAAACUACGCAACUUGUAUCUGGAGCUAUCAGCGAUGGAAAGUUGGCGCCUACACGCAGAGAUCUGUGUAAGAAGAAUCCAUGUGACAGACUGAAGAAUGGCGUCAAACAUGAUAUCUGAUUAAGUCAGCUGUGUGUUGAGGUUUUAAGUGUGGAAAAACAUGUCAUACAGCAACAGAGAGCUGGUGGACUUCUACAUAAGCUAUAAGUUGUCUCAGAGGAACUACUCAAAGUCUCUGCUGAGGUCGGAGGUUGCUGGUGAAAGGACGGAGAAGCCAAACUCAGCUGCCACGAAUGGCCUGCUGGUCACCAGUAAGGACGAAUCUCGUGGCGACAUAGUAGCUGUAAAAUCAGCCCUGAAGGACACCGCAGAUGAGUUUGAACAUCUGUAUAUGCAAAGUUUUAGUCAUCUAUCCCUGCAGCUCAAUAUCACCCCUGACACAGUUUACCACAGCUUCAAGAGCGUGUUGGACGAGCUGUUCAAAAAUGGGAUCAACUGGGGGCGGGUGGUGGGCCUGUUUGCCUUCGGUGGUGUGCUGUGUGUGCAGUGUGUCGAGAGGAACAUGAGCGAGCUGGUCUCCCGCAUCGCAGACUGGAUGACUGUUUACCUGGAUGAGCAGAUCAGUCCGUGGAUUGAGAGCCAUGGAGGCUGGGACGGCUUUGCUGAGAUUUACGGGCAAGACGCUGCGGCAGAAGGGAGGAGAUUUCAGGAGUCUCUGAAGAAAUGGUUUUUGCUAACUGGAGUCACGUUGCUAGCUGCUGGGCUGCUUCUCGGUGUGCUCAUUGUUAAGAAGCGUUAAAGGUUCUGCAUGUCGCCCUCGUCACGGCACACCACAUGUAACACUUCACCCACUCAGUUAAAACUAGAUAGUUAAUGUUUACAUUUAGUAUACAAAGCCCGUGCUUGUGCACUGGCAGAAUGUGACAGGACUACAUUCAAACUGUUGGAGUAACCAGAUUAUGUAGCUCGACGAGCUCAUAUGUUUUUCACACCACCUUCCUGCUCCUUUUAACACACAGCAGUUCAUUUUAGUUGUUCGGACAAAGUGCUUUAGAUUAACCCAAUAUAAGCUAUAAGAAAGUGAAACGUGUUCAGCUGGUUAGCUAAAUUUGCUUAUUCUUUUUGCCUUUUGUGCAUUACCUGGACCAACCUUUAUGUCUCACAAACAGCUGACAGAAAAUCUAAGUUAUAUUAAUUUUUUGUUUGUUUUUUACCGUGUAAUGCUCAACUCUUUUC